GUUCCAGUCUAAAGUUUUCAGUUGGGUUUUCGUUCUUGCACGGACACCACACCAUUUUCCCUUGUGUAUUGCAUCCAGCUGAAUCCAGGGGAAACCUAUCGUCAAUCGCAAUGGCAAUCAAACAGCUAUUAGCAUCUGUGUUGUUUUUAUUAAUGGUGACGGUUGCAGUUGAUGGUCGACAGAGAUCCCUAAUCAAAACCUGCCCCGAAGGUUAUGAACUGGUUGAAAAUCCUGUGUCAGGUAAAGCUGAAUGUACAUGUCUUCCAUAUCAUCUUUACUGGCCGCUCGAUGGCAUCUGCUAUCGCGAAAUGACGCAAGGCCCAUGCAAACCAGGACACAAAUUGGUCUGGAACUCCGAUCUCGAAACGGCCGAAUGUCAGUGUCCUCCCUUCUGGACGCGCCUCACAUCUGAUGGUGAAUGUUACGAGGAGUACACGCAAGGUCCAUGCCAAAAGGGUCAAGUUCUGAUUCAGGGAAGAUGUACCUGUAGCCAAAAUCUGACCAUGCAUUAUCAUCCUGAUUCGGCUCAAUGCUUUGAAUUAUACUCAACAGGGCCAUGCGCGUCAGGAAAGGUGCUAAAUUUCAACUACCGCACCUUGCGCCCAGAAUGCGUUUGCCAGGACGGACAUGUCGAGUGGAACGAUGGCAAUUGUUAUCCGGUCAAUACGCCACGAGUUGGGCCAUGCAACGCAACCCAAUGUCCUGAGGAAACACCAAUCUCUUGUUUCGUCAAUGAAGCGGAUGGCUUGACUAUCAGUUCUGCCAGGUGUGCCUGCUUACCAUCAUCCUCCCUAAUGGAUAACGGCCGUUGCUAUGCAGCCUAUAACCAAGGACCUUGUGAAUACGGUCACUGGUUCGUCUAUGAUCGCAGUAGCCAGCCAGCCCAAUGUCUACCCAAAAAGAACUGUCAGCGAUUCGACAACUGGUAUUAUUGGCCGCAGGAUGGUAACUGCUACAAACAGUGGAGACAAGGGCCAUGCCAAUUUGGUGAGCUCUUCUACCUUGAUCCAGAGACAGGAAGAACAUCUUGUCAGUGUCAAUCUUCGUGGAUCGCUCACUUGUUUGACGGCAAAUGUUACGAACAUCAUUCAGUAGGUCCAUGCCCAGCAGGACAGUAUUUUACUUUCGAUCCUAAGGCAAACAAGACGGGAUGCACCUGUUUCACAGCUUUUGCUCCCGACAAAGAAAGGGGCAUUUGCGUAGAAAAAUUUACUCAAGAUAAAUGCCCACUUGGUCAACUAAUUACAGCCGAUCCAGUCACUGGUCAGUCCAAGUGCGACUGCCAACCAGACACGAUGAAACAAAAUUAUUGGCCGGCUGAUGGAAAGUGUUACCAGCAUUUGAAUCAAGGGCCUUGUCCGAAGUCGAUGCUUUUCCGUUUAGAUGACCAAACUUCCCUGCCGGCUUGUCUGCCGCCUAUCGUCAGCAGCAGCAGCCUCCGUCAAAAGAGAAAUCCGUUUACAGAUUGGUCUGCCAGGCAUUAAAAAGUGUUUGGUUUAUUGUUAUACCUCUCAUCUUGUCGCCCUGGCCUCGAAAUAAAGCGAAAACGUAGACGAAGAGAGAGAGCGCACUAGGAGCAGGAUGUCAUAAUAGUUUUUUUUUUUUUUUUUACGAUGAAAGCAAAACGUUCGGAGGCAUACAUACAUCACUCACUGGUCAUUUUACAUGAAUUAAUACCCCAUCUGUGUCAUUACAAUGAUCAUCACUCUACCAGUAAAUAACACCCUGUACUGAACGGAGAAGACAAAAUAUAUUAUUUCUUACAUGA